AUGGGACCUACCUUCAAUGUUCCAGUAUACAUUAGACAGCUCAAGGACGUCGAGUUUGAUGAGUUUGAGCGCAUCGUUGGCGAGUAUGAUGAUCGAGGUAAACACAUCAGCGAUGCUUCGGACAACGAGAACGGGACAGAGGACGACGAUGAUGAUGAGAAUGACGGCGACGACCAUGACGACGAAGAAGAAGCUAACGAAGGUGACGACGAUGAUGAAGAUGGCGCCCGCGAUGAUGAAUGUUUCCGCCGGCAAUGCGCCUGA